AUGCCUCCACAACAGAAGCAGCGAAAGAUGGCCAUCGUUGGCAGCAGAUCCGUGGGCAAGAGCUCGUUGACUGUUCAGUUCGUCGACGGCCACUUCGUCGACUCGUAUUACCCCACCAUUGAGAACACCUUCUCCAAGGUCAUCAAGCACAAGAACCAAGACUUUGCCGUGGAGAUCAUCGACACUGCUGGACAGGACGAAUACACUAUCCUCAACAGCAAGCACUUCAUCGGCAUUCAUGGUUACAUGAUUGUCUACAGCGUUGGCAGCAAGCAGAGUUUCGAGAUGGUCAGAAUCAUUCGCGACAAGAUUCUGAAUCACAUGGGUGCCGAGUCGGUCCCAUUGAUUAUCGUUGGUAACAAAUCCGAUUUGCGACCCGAGCAACGCCAAGUCAAGCCUGAAGAUGGUCGUAAGCUCGCCGAGGAGCUCAACUGUGGCUGGACAGAAGCAAGUGCCAGAUUCAACGAGAAUGUUGGUAAGGCCUUUGAGGGCAUGGUAGCCGAGAUCGAGAAGGGCCAGGAAGCCGGCCAACCCAAGGAGGGCAAGAACUGCAUUGUCAUGUAA